AUGCCUGGCGUGAAGCCAGUCACGGUGGAGAGCCGGGCAGGGAUUCAGUCCCGUGGCCUGGGAUACGAGCCAUCAUGGAGUAGCAUCCCCUUCGAGAGCUAUGAGGGCAUGACCCAGCUGCAGUUUCAGGAGGCAAACGCGCCAUUUCUGAAGCAUGGUGGUCAGGUGCCUUUGCACAUCCCUCCUGGCUGGCGCCGGGUGGAGUCCAAGAUGCCAGGCAAGCACUUCUACGUGCAGCGCGAGACUGGGACGAUUCAGCGGAUGCCAGCAGAUAUCUUCCACCCGAAGGAGAAGAGCUGGAUGACUGCUGAUGGGAAGCGGAUCGCGGAGGAUGGCCUCAAUGACAACAUGCCCGACCUGUUGGCACUGGAACUGGCAUAUGGAGGGGGAGGAAAGGCAAAGAAGGCGGUGGUGAAGCCAAAGGUGAUCCCAGUGGCACUGCCUGAAGAGCCAGAGAAGCAGGAAAAGCCCAAGGCUGCCCUACUCGAGCCAGAGCCUGUAGCGUCUGCCCCCGCACGCGCGCUGCCAGUGGGACUGCUCUUCCCAGGGCAGGGCUCACAGUAUGUGAAGAUGAUGGCAGGUGUCAAGGACAUACCAGCUGUGAAGGAUAUGCUGGAGAAGGCGAACAACAUGUUGGACUUCAACCUUUUGGAUCUUUGCCUCAAAGGACCUGAGCCAGAGUUAGAGCGGACCAAAGCCUGCCAGCCAGCAAUGUAUGUAGCCGGCCUUGCGGCUGUUGAGAAGCUGAGAGCAGAGAAGCCAGAGAAGGUCGAGCGCUGCCAAGCGGUGGCAGGCUUGUCCUUGGGAGAGUACACGGCCCUCACCGUGGCGGGAGUCUUCGACUUUGAGACUGGUCUGAAAGUCGUGAAGUUACGUGGUGAGGCCAUGCAGGAGGCUGCCGAAGCGUCUCAGCAGGCAAUGCUGUCGGUGGCUGGACUGGACAAGGACACGCUAACGAGACUUUGUGCAGAAGCCUGUGAGGGGCCAAAUGAUGUUUGCCAGGUGGCAAACUUCCUUUUCCCGAACGGUUUCUCCUGUGCCGGGACCCUGGCAGCCAUCCAGCGGCUGGAGCCUAAGGUGAAAGCUACAGAAGGGUGCUUGCAAGCCAAAAUGCUGAAGACCUCUGGUGGCUUUCACACUAAGCUUAUGCAGCCAGCGCGAGAUAAGCUCUUAGAUGCCUUGCAAGAUGCUCUGCCAAAGAUGAAGCCGCCACGUUGUGACGUGUACAUGAAUGUCACAGGCAAAAAGAUUGCAGCGGGAACGCCGCCUGCAGAAAUUUGGCCACUUCUUGCAGAUCAGCUUGUGAAUUGUGUGCAGUGGGAGCCUUCUAUCCUGGCCAUGAUCCAGGACGGGGUGUCGGAAUACUAUGAGUGUGGGCCCAUGAAGCAGCUGAAAGCAAUGCUGGUUUCUCAGGUGAGUAACCUUUCCAGCACAGUUGUCGACACCAGUGCCGCCCGGACCUCUAUUAUGAGCGGGUAA